AUGGCGCAAUACGGCUACGGACAAAAUCCCCAAUAUGGCGGUGGAGGUGCACAAAACCUCCAGUUCUACUCCUCUCAAUUCUCCAACCAACCUGUCUCUGGACAUUCCACGCCCUUUCAGGCAAAUUAUGGCGCACCACAAAGUCAGCCAUAUCCCACACAAUAUGGUGCGGGUUUCUCGGCACCGGGGGUGAGCGGGCAAAUGGGCAUGGGCGUAUCAGGGCUGCGGACAGGAUGGCUUGCAGCUUUCGGCACAGAAGGAUACGACGGAGAGCCGCCAUUGUUGGAAGAGCUAGGAGUAAACUUUGGACACAUACAGAUGAAGACACUGGCUGUUUUGAACCCCUUCGGCCGAAUUGAUCAGCACAUCAUGGCCGACAGCGAUGUGGCAGGACCGAUUCUCUUCUUCUUGAUCUUCGGCACAUCCUUACUGUUGUCUGGAAAGCUCCAUUUCGGCUAUAUCUAUGGAUUGGCCUUUGUGGGCACCAUCCUUCUUCACCAAAUCCUCUCACUCAUGUCGCCACCCGUAAACGCGGCUGAGGUGGCGUCCGGAGACCACGGUCAUGCUGUGGGGUCUCACCUCGGAUCAUCUCUAACGUUUCCACGAUCGGCAUCCGUACUGGGCUACUGUCUGCUCCCGCUUGUGCUCGUCGCAAUCUUCGGGAUAAUCAUACCCUUGGAUGGUCUCUUUGGUUACCUCCUAACGAGCUUAGCGAUCUUGUGGUGCGCGUACUCGUCCAGUUCAAUGUUCACUGUUGUCGGUCGCAUGACUUCGAUGAGGGGUCUGGUCGCAUAUCCUAUGAUCUUGUUCUACGGUAGUUUCGGUAUCAUGGCCAUCUUCAGCUCAAGGGGGACUGGAGGAUUAGCGAAGCAUUCUUUCUUCUGUACGAUACUUACAAUGGGUUGGUUUUGGGCAGACACUGCACCCUCCGCGCCCGCUGCGCCGCAUCCAAUGCCACGAGGCAACGCUGAACCUCCUCCAUCAUGCCCAAUGCACAAGAAAGCGACGCCUCCCGUUGUCGUAGAGAAGACUCCUCAGGGUGCUUGCCCCUACGUCCCUCCUAAUGCCUCCGAAACCUCUUCGUCGACGACCACCGAGCCUCCCAAGUCAGGUCUACUCUCUCGCCUGAACCCACUCAACAACAUGCCCUUUGAGCUCUCAAACAAGCGUGCCGAUGUACAGAAACAAGACCUGCCCCUCGACCGCGAACGCUCUACGAUUCCCAAAGGCGACGGCUCGUUAUGGGAAUAUCCCUCACCACAGCAAAUGUACAACGCCAUGCUGCGUAAAGGAUAUACAGACACACCAGUCGAUGCCGUAGAAUCCAUGGUCGGCGUGCACAAUUUCUUGAACGAGGGUGCAUGGGCCGAGAUCAUGGGCUGGGAGCGCCGCUUCUCCCGUGGCAUUGCAGAGGGCUACCGCGUGUGCGCAAGGGGCGAGGAACUCGCCAAUCUUGCCCUAGGAACAGCUGAAGAUCCCUUCGACACGACCACCUGGAACGCAGCGGAUAUCCCGCCUCCAAAACUCCUCCGCUUCACCGGCCGGCCUGACGAACCUACGCCCAAGUCGCAGAUGAUGCAAUGGCUCGGCUGGGCUAUGCCUGAGAAGUACGGGACUGCGCCGCCGUUUGAUCGCCACGACUGGUAUGUGCAGAGGUGCAAUGAGAAGGGAUGCAAAGAAGUGCGCUACGUGAUUGAUUACUAUGAGGGUGAGCCCGAGCCGACGGGCGAGCCGGUCUUCUUCCUGGAUGUGAGGCCCGCGAUUGAUGGACCGACGGGCGCCGCGGAGAGGGCGGUGCGCUGGGGCACCGAUGUCUGGUGGCGCGCCUCAGGCGGCGUCGCAAGAGAGAUUAGGAAGUUGGAGGCGGCUAAGAAGCUGAAAGAGGAGGAGAUAAAUGCGAAGACGAGGCAGUAUAACUGA